UUGAUCCUAGUGAGUAGUGACCAACAUUGGUUAACCAAGUUUAGGACCUCGGCUCUUAGAAUUGAAACAUUGCCACUCAAAAAAUGUUGUCAGUAGCAAGGCGACUCCAAACACAAAACCCAUGCCCAUGUCUUCUGCAACUCCGAUUCGCCGGCACCGACGCCGGCCAAUACCGGAACCGCCGUCGUCAUUGUUUUACUGCUUCUAUGAAAAAAACCGACGACAAAUCGGAGUGGUGGGUUAUCGACGGCGAGAUGCACGAAAUCGGAGAGAACGUCCCAUUAAGAGAACGCUUCGUCAUUCCCAGAGAUAAUCUCCCCAAUAGACGUCGCAAGCAGCUUCGCGACCAGUUUAUGCGCCGCACUCGUCUUGUUCUUAAAGACUCUGAGCAAGAAUCUUUCUGCAAAAAGUACAUGCAACUGUACAAUGAGCUCAGAGAGAACUGGGAGCGGUUAUAUUGGGAUGAAGGUUACUCUAAAAAGCUUGCUGCUGAUCAUGCAAACUAUGACUCUCCUGAAGAAGAAGAUGAUGGAGACUUUUCACCUUACAGGAGAGGUGGAUCACAUGCAGGGCAACUUCAGGAACAAGGUUCGUCAAGGAACAGACAAACUGAAACUUGGGAGAAAGUCCACCAAAUUCGGGAUAAAUUUGAAUAUGACAGAGAGAUGAGAAUGAGAGACAAAGCUUUUGCACCAAUGAACACGAGAAACUCUGCUGGUGAUCAUAGAGCAUCCUUCAAGAAUCAACCCUUUGAUGCAGAGAGAUACUUUUCUGGAGAGGAAGAGGAAGAGGAUUAAAAGCUGUUGGAACGGAUUAUAUCAGUUUAUUGACCAUUGUUCUAAAGUUGAGGAAGUUUGGGAAAAAUCUCUUGCUGAAUAAACCACUUUUGAGACACCUCUCUCAAACAACCAACCUAGGGAAGGGUGUUGUUUGUGGAUUACAGAAAAGGUCCUGAAAGUAAAGCUCAGAGUGGUGGCUACGACCAAAGCUCUUAAGAGUUCAUCCUUUUUGGCCGAAGUCCAGUUUCUAAGGCAUUGCCGUAAGUGUGCUGAUUGGUUUGCUGGAAAUGAACAGCGUAGAUUGUAUGAGUGAGAUCUGUAUUAGACAUUGACUUUUUGCUUUUGAUGUAUCAUUUACGAUGAAGAACUUAACUUCAUGAAGGAAAUUUCUGUAGUGCUUCCUGUCAUGUUCUGAUGAACAGGUCUUUAGUGAAACAGUUUUAGGAGUAUAUUAUGUCAAAGAACAAUUUGUGGUGUAUUGGAACUAAUAUGAAAUAAAGAACAAUUUUUAAUAGUAUCAA